AUGUCGGAACAAAGUCACUACCAAUACAAUGUUUCUAUGAGUUGCUCAGGAUGCUCAAACUCUGUUAGCAAGGUGUUGAAGAGACUGGAACCUGCAGUGUCAAAGGUGGAUAUUUCGUUGGAAGAUCAAACUGUUGACGUUUUCACCAGUUUGCCAUACGAGACCAUUUUGGAAAAGAUCAAGAAGACCGGUAAAACAGUUAACUCCGGGAAAAAGCUUUAA